AUGGUUGAUGCUACCCCGGAUAUGUCACAUACUGAACAAAGUACAUUCAUCCUGAGAUACCUAACUUGUGAUGAAUGUGGUAAAUACCUGAUACAAGAGAGAUUUCUUUCAUUUAUUGAUGACAGUAAGAAGACAGGGGCAGACAUUUCAGAGAUGAUAUUAAAAUUUCUUAGUGAUUCUCAUAUUCCUUUUGAAGAUUGCAGAGGUCAGGGAUACGACAAUGGUAGUAAUAUGUCAAGUGAGUACAAUGGAGUCCAGAGCCAUCUUAAAAGAAAGAAUCCUCUCUGCUGUUUCUCACCUUGUGGCUGUCAUUCCUUAAACUUGUGUGGUUCUGAUGCUGCUGCUUGUUGCAAAGAGGUAGUAACAUUUUUUGGGAUGGUACAGACAGUAUAUAAUAUUUGCUCGAGCAGUCCCAAACGCUGGGAGAUACUUAAGAGUCACAUUGCGGCAUCUCUUCACGGUUUAUCUGGAACUCGGUGGACAGAUAGAGUAGCUAGUGUCAGGCCCUUUGCACACCAUUUACCUGGUAUUCUCGCUUCACUUAAAGAAAUAUCCCAACUGAAGAGUUUAACAGCUAAAACUAAAGUAGAUGUGGCAGCCGCUAUUAAGUAUGUGUCUUCUUUUGAAUGUAUUUUGAUGGCUGCUUUUUGGUUCAAGUUAUUGAAUUCAAUAGAUCAGAGAAAUCAGGGGAUUCAAGCUCAGUCUUCUACUGUAGAUAUUGAAGUAAAAAACAUAGAGGACUUGGAAACUGAAUUGCAGUCUCUCAAAAAGAAGUGGCAUUUAAUUUAUGAUGAAGCCAAAGUUGUUGCAGUUGCCAUGAAACAUUGA